CUCAUCGUAGGGGGGUCUGAGAACUUGAUACAGUGUUGCAGUAAAUCAGACAGCGCUACAGUAACAGCGUUGAAAUUUGUCACCCUGUUGCAAGUAUUUUCGGCCGGUGAUACGGGCGAGAGAUAUCACUGCCGUCUCCCGUUUGGGUAACGCUAAGAGUUGUGUUGUUCGGCGAGGAACUACAUCGGCUCGUUAUCGAGAACAGUUUCUGAGUGAAUCGACACCUAUCUGACUGGAAAUGUCUGAAAACAAACCGAAUGAUGAUCCGAAGUUAUCCACGACAGACAGAGCGGUGAUGUCUGUCCCAUUUCCCCCCAGCCACCGGCUGACCGUCAAGGAGGUAUUUGACAGCGAAGGCAAACCUAAAGUAGACGUGUUGAAGUCUCACCUCACCAAAGAAGGCCGUGUGGAGGAAAGCGUGGCGCUGCGAUUAAUAGGCGACGGAGCUGCCAUCCUCCGUUCUGAGAAGAACCUCCUGGACAUAGAGGCCCCUGUCACAGUUUGUGGAGACAUCCAUGGGCAGUUCUUUGACUUGAUGAAGCUUUUUGAAGUAGGAGGGUCUCCAGCCAGCACACGGUAUCUCUUCCUGGGUGACUAUGUUGACAGAGGGUAUUUCAGUAUUGAAUGUGUGCUGUACCUAUGGGCCUUAAAAAUCCUUUACCCCAAAACACUGUUUUUGCUUCGCGGGAACCACGAAUGUAGACAUUUAACAGAGUAUUUCACUUUUAAACAGGAAUGUAGAAUUAAGUAUUCGGAGCGGGUGUAUGAUGCGUGUAUGGAUGCCUUUGACUGCCUUCCUCUGGCCGCCCUCAUGAACCAACAGUUCCUGUGUGUGCAUGGAGGAUUGUCCCCAGAAAUCACAAACCUUGAUGACAUCAGAAAAUUAGACAGAUUCAAAGAGCCUCCCGCAUAUGGACCAAUGUGCGACUUGCUUUGGUCGGACCCGCUGGAGGACUUUGGCAAUGAGAAGUCCCAGGAACACUUCACACACAACACAGUGAGAGGCUGCUCCUAUUUCUACAGUUAUCCUGCUGUGUGCGACUUUCUACAACACAACAACUUAUUAUCUGUCAUCCGAGCCCACGAAGCACAGGAUGCUGGGUAUCGCAUGUACAGGAAGAGUCAAACUACGGGCUUCCCUUCUCUUAUCACUAUCUUCUCAGCUCCCAACUACUUAGACGUCUACAAUAACAAAGCUGCUGUGCUGAAAUAUGAGAAUAAUGUCAUGAACAUUCGGCAGUUUAACUGCUCUCCUCAUCCCUACUGGCUCCCUAACUUCAUGGACGUCUUCACUUGGUCUUUGCCCUUUGUUGGAGAGAAAGUCACUGAGAUGCUUGUAAAUGUUUUGAGCAUCUGCUCCAAUGAUGAGCUGACCACCGAUGAAGAGAUAGAUGGUGCCACGGCUUCAGCUCGCAAGGAAGUUAUCCGGAACAAGAUCCGUGCUAUUGGAAAGAUGGCCAGAGUCUUCUCGGUUCUUCGGGAGGAGAGUGAGAGUGUUUUGACGCUGAAGGGUCUCACUCCAACCGGCAUGCUGCCCAGCGGAGUCCUCUCCGGAGGCAAGGAAAAACUCCAGAACGCUACUAUUGAGGCUAUAGAGGCAGAUAAAGCAAUCAAAGGCUUCUCACCCCAGCAUAAGAUCAGCAGUUUCGCAGAGGCUAAAGGCCUGGACCGCAUCAACGAGCGAAUGCCGCCCCGCCGGGAUGCCAUGCCCUGCGACGCCAGCCUCAACUCGCUCAAUAAAGCACUGUCGUCCGAGACCAACGGCACAGAGGGCAAGGCCAGCAGCGGAAGCGGCAACAUCCAGUGAUUCUGCACCGAGCCAGCAUGUUCGCCGUAGCGAUUAAGCCCCUCCCUCUCUUUUUCCAUGCCAUAGCCGAUGGAGGGAAAGGAAGGAUUUGGAGUGUAGAGUUAGAGGAAAGGAAGGGAGAAGAACAGGAUAAAGGAAGCAAGUCAAGGGAGAGAGAAGCAUUUCAAACAUAAUUCAGAGUGACACUCACUAGUCUUUGGAUAUGCCUUUAAAUUUAUGUCGAUUUUAUUCUUGCUUGUAGAAACCAUGACAAGUUCUCAUCGGUUCACUCUUAUUGGAAUGAUUUGGGUGGGGGUGGUCUUGGUUUUGGUGUGGGGAAUUACAGCAGGCAAAUGAGAGAUCUGUCUUAUGUGAAAAGGCCUUUACUUACUGGAUCUAAGAUUUUUUUUGUUUUUCUCUUUUCGUGUGUGUUACUUCUUACUAACUAUUGUACGUUUACAAAAAUACAGCACUAAAAAUAGACGGAACGUUGAAAAAAGUUUUUAACAUAAAAAGGGUGUACAAACUAAGUAAGGACUAUUUAUUGAUACCUUUUUUGCUACUCUUAUAAACUAGCUCUAUAGAGUAAAUUAGGCAGUCUUAAAAGAUUGUUGCAACAUUGUUAUAAUGCCAAAAAUGGAACGUUUUAUGGUUUUGUACAGAUUAUGCUUACCUCAGGUUUCUUUGGUGUGUGUGCUCGGAUCCUACUUUCUGUAUAAUUGCAAGCUAGCUUGAUGAAUAUGGAUUUUCUCGGAGUUCAGAACUGGAAUUAACAUUUAUCAUUUGCGAAUAUGUCUUUUGUUUCGGGUGGGUUUGGGGGUAAAUUUAUUGUGGCUUGCUGGAAAUUGUGUGUGUUAUCUUUUGAAUAUUGCGAACAAACAAAAAACAAUAUAUAUAAAGCACCUAUAUUCUGUAAAAAAAAAUGAGAAUGAGAGAGAAAAUGUGAUUAAUGGAAAGCAUCUGCCUAUGCAUGUUUUAUAAGAUUUAUCUAAGGAUGUUGAAUUACCUUGGCUGCCGAGGCCUGUUUUUACCUGUAGUGUGCUUAGUGUACAAAUCCUGGAAAUGUACCGCCAUUCUUAGCUAUAACACUUGGAAAAGCUUCUGGCCUUUAACUUGUUUUGUUAUCAAAGCAUCUACUAUUAAUAUUGGAUGAUGAGGAAUCAUGGUUUUAAACAAACGCUCGUAUGUACACCAGUAGUGCGAUAUAGCAUGUGUAGGUGUUCACGUGAAAUAAGUUUGUGGUUCUCUAAUGUCAAUCUCAAAAUGCAUGAUAGCUGUUAGUGUCAUACAAGGUUUAGAAUCUUUUUCUUUAUUUUUUUUUGUAAAUGUGCCACAGACAAAAAAAGUGUAAUUUGCAUAUUAUUAUGAAUUAUUAUUAUUAACUCUGCUUUGUAUAUUAGUUUAUUAUUGCUAAAUACUUUACAAAAACAAACUUCAUCAAUGUUUUUUUAAACAACUGCUUAAGUGCCCAAGUAAUUCACUACACGAAAUGAAGCCUUGCUUUUAUAAUUUAACUUCCAAACUGUUGGCAGAUGACGCAUGCACUCGCAACUAUGAAAAGGUAUUUUAUAUUACUGUUCAAUAAAAAUGUGCAUGAAAUUUA